UCUAACCUUUCUUCCAUGCUGAUUAUUAAUCCAACUUACAGCGCACUUCCCGUGUCCCUCCAUCGCAAAUUAACCUUUCUCUUCUUUUCUCUCUCCCUCCUCCCCUUCUCUGUCUUUUGUUUUUUUCUGUUCCCCUGCCUUUCGCAAAAACCCUGUCCUUUGUCGUUUCCCCCCUCUCGCAGCAAGUUUGUUCACGUGAAAAUUAUUGACGAUGAGGAGUAUGAGAAAAACAAGAACUUCUUCCUGGAGCUGGCUGAGCCUCGCAUGGUAGACAUGAGUCUGCAGAAAGCCCUGUUGUUAGCUGAUGAUGUACCAGACAGGAAGCUUACGUCUGACGAGGAGGAAGCCAAGCGGAUCGCCGAGAUGGGAAAGCCAGUGCUGGGGGAGCACCCGCGGCUGGAGGUCAUUAUCGAAGAGUCGUACGAGUUCAAGAGCACAGUGGACAAGCUGAUCAAGAAGACCAACCUGGCUCUGGUGGUGGGAACGAACUCCUGGAGAGAGCAGUUCAUGGAGGCCAUUACUGUCAGUGCAGAUGAGGACGAGGAGGACACGGGCGAGGAGCGCCUUCCGUCCUGCUUCGACUACGUCAUGCACUUCCUCACCGUCUUCUGGAAGGUUCUGUUCGCGUGCGUCCCCCCCACGGACUACCUGAACGGCUGGGCGUGCUUCAUCGUGUCCAUCGUCAUCAUCGGCCUGCUCACGGCCGUCAUCGGCGACCUGGCCUCCCACUUCGGCUGCACCAUCGGCCUCAAGGACUCGGUCACGGCGGUGGUGUUUGUCGCUCUCGGCACGUCCGUCCCAGAUACCUUUGCCAGUAAGGUAGCCGCCGUCCAGGACACCUACGCGGACGCUUCCAUAGGGAACGUGACCGGCAGCAACGCCGUUAACGUCUUCCUGGGCAUCGGCAUGGCCUGGUCCGUGGCCGCCAUUUACUGGCACAUGAAAGGGAAGCCGUUUGUGGUGGAGGCCGGCUCGCUGGCCUUCUCCGUCACCCUCUUCACCAUCUUCGCCUUCCUGGCCGUGUCGGUGCUGCUCUACCGGCGCCGAGCCCACAUCGGAGGGGAACUGGGCGGCCCGCGAGGACACAGACUGGCCACGUCGGCCAUCUUUUUCAGCCUCUGGUUCCUCUACAUCCUCUUCUCCAGUCUAGAAGCCUACUGUCAUAUAGAAGGCUUCUGAGCAGAUUGAGACUCCCGACGAAGAAAAGCAAAGAGUGGGAAUUGGGUCAAUCUUAAUGCUAAGAACGUUUUUUUUUCUAAGAUAUGUCGUCUGCUCUCUCCUUCUCCACCCUUCCCUAAAGAAACCUCGGAGGCGCGCAUUCUGCCCUCAACAGGCCCGAACUGCAGCUUUCAUCUGGGUUUUAUUUCCCAGCAUGCCCCGAAGGAUUGCGGAGGAGAUCCUGCAUUCUGCUGUUAACCUGGAGAGAGCAGAGUCAAUCAGAGGUCUAUAUUUUUCUCAAAACGGGACAAAAAUGACUUUUUAAAAGAAACAUAUUUUGAGGAUAAAAAUGCAAAAACUAAUGCAACAAAAAUAAGAGACCCAGUCAACAUAGAGGAAUUAAAAAACUAUUUUCUGAUUUGAAAAAAAUAAUAAUAAUAAUAAUAAUAAUGACAUUACAGUUGAAAGGGAAAAUACGAUGUGGAGUGAAAGAGGGGUGGGUUCAUAGUAUUUAUUUUAUUUGCAUCCUUUCCUAAAAGGAGUUCUGUCAGAAAUUCCGCAACCAGGAAGAGGAACAAGAAACGACAGCGACAGCUCACACCGCCGGACGAAUCACGACUCAAGCAGGAGAACAUGGGGGUGGGAGGAGAUGCGAACACGGUCAAACUGCCCUGAACAUUACUUCCUUACUCUAAAUGUAUCUAUAUAUAAUAUAUUUCCAUAUUUUCUGUAUAUUUUCAAUAUUUGUUUAAAUGUGGUCCUCUUCUGCUCCGACAGAGGAUCGCCGCGGCGCAGCGGGAGGAGGCCGGGGUGAGGGAGGGCGGGGGUCAAACUAUAUAUCUGAGGAUGUCUUCACCUUUCUAAGAGUUAUGUAUCUUGCCUAUAGGUAAACGAGUAUGACAUUGUAUUUUGUUUAUUUACCAAUAUCUUGGUCUCACUUGACUUUUCACCGUUUUUUCGAUCGGAAAUCCGAAGAAAAGAUAAAGAAA